UUCCGUCUUCUCUUCCUGGGCUCCCGGACUCCCGGGCCCGGACCCCUCCCUUCAUAGGCCCCACGCUGUUCCUCCACCCGGUUCCGCAUUGGUCAAGAUCGCGGCUAGCGCUGCUGUCAUUGGCCGGUUCCAAGUUUGCCCGCCCCUCUUUCUCAUUUUCCCGCCCCCUCCCGCCUGGGCCGGCUGGAGGCGCAUGCGUAGAGAGGGACGCUCCCCUCCCCCGCCGGGGUGUCUGAGGACUCCCGCGCGCGGGCUCUCUCUGCCCUACCCUCCCUUUCCCCUGGGGCCGGUCAGGUAGCGGGGGCGAGCAUGAAAGUUCCAGAACGCUGCGCAACCAUGUCUAAGGGGCCUGCAGUUGGUAUUGAUCUCGGCACCACCUACUCCUGUGUGGGUGUUUUCCAACACGGAAAAGUAGAGAUAAUUGCCAAUGAUCAGGGAAACCGAACCACUCCGAGUUACGUCGCCUUUACUGAUACCGAACGAUUGAUCGGCGAUGCCGCAAAGAAUCAAGUUGCGAUGAACCCCACCAACACGGUUUUCGAUGCCAAACGUCUGAUUGGACGCAGAUUUGAUGAUGCUGUUGUCCAGUCUGAUAUGAAGCAUUGGCCGUUCAUGGUUGUGAAUGAUGCAGGCAGGCCCAAGGUACAAGUAGAAUACAAGGGAGAGACAAAAAGCUUCUAUCCAGAGGAGGUGUCAUCUAUGGUUCUGACAAAGAUGAAGGAAAUUGCUGAGGCCUAUCUUGGGAAGACUGUUACCAAUGCUGUGGUCACAGUGCCGGCUUACUUUAAUGACUCUCAGCGGCAGGCUACCAAAGAUGCUGGAACUAUUGCUGGCCUCAAUGUACUUAGAAUUAUCAAUGAGCCAACGGCUGCUGCAAUUGCUUAUGGCUUAGACAAAAAGGUUGGAGCUGAAAGAAAUGUGCUGAUCUUUGACCUAGGAGGUGGCACUUUUGAUGUGUCAAUCCUCACUAUUGAGGAUGGAAUCUUCGAAGUCAAGUCUACGGCUGGAGACACCCACUUAGGUGGAGAAGACUUUGACAACCGAAUGGUCAACCAUUUCAUUGCUGAGUUUAGACGUAAGCAUAAGAAGGACAUCAGUGAGAACAAGAGAGCUGUCCGGCGUCUCCGUACUGCUUGUGAACGUGCUAAGCGUACUCUCUCUUCCAGUACCCAGGCCAGUAUUGAGAUCGAUUCUCUCUAUGAGGGAAUCGACUUUUAUACUUCCAUUACCCGUGCCCGAUUUGAAGAAUUGAAUGCUGACCUGUUCCGUGGCACCCUGGACCCUGUAGAGAAAGCCCUCCGAGAUGCCAAACUAGACAAGUCACAGAUCCAUGAUAUUGUCCUGGUUGGUGGUUCUACUCGUAUCCCCAAGAUCCAGAAGCUUCUACAAGACUUCUUCAAUGGAAAAGAACUGAAUAAGAGCAUCAAUCCUGAUGAGGCUGUUGCUUAUGGUGCAGCUGUCCAGGCAGCCAUCUUAUCUGGAGACAAAUCUGAAAAUGUGCAAGAUUUGCUGCUGUUGGAUGUCACUCCUCUUUCCCUUGGCAUUGAAACUGCUGGUGGAGUCAUGACUGUCCUCAUUAAGCGCAAUACUACCAUUCCUACCAAGCAGACACAGACUUUCACUACCUACUCUGACAACCAGCCUGGCGUGCUUAUUCAGGUUUAUGAGGGUGAGCGUGCCAUGACCAAGGAUAACAAUCUGCUUGGGAAGUUUGAACUCACAGGCAUACCUCCUGCACCCCGUGGUGUUCCUCAAAUUGAAGUCACUUUUGAUAUUGAUGCCAAUGGCAUUCUCAACGUCUCUGCCGUGGAUAAGAGUACAGGAAAAGAGAAUAAAAUCACUAUCACUAAUGACAAGGGUCGUUUGAGCAAGGAAGACAUUGAGCGUAUGGUCCAGGAGGCUGAAAAGUACAAAGCUGAAGAUGAGAAGCAGAGGGACAAAGUGUCAUCCAAGAAUUCACUUGAAUCCUAUGCCUUUAACAUGAAGGCAACUGUUGAAGAUGAGAAACUUCAAGGCAAGAUCAAUGAUGAGGACAAACAGAAGAUUCUUGACAAGUGUAAUGAAAUUAUCAGCUGGCUUGAUAAGAAUCAGACUGCAGAGAAGGAGGAAUUUGAACACCAGCAGAAAGAGCUGGAGAAAGUCUGCAAUCCCAUCAUUACCAAGCUGUACCAGAGUGCAGGAGGCAUGCCAGGAGGAAUGCCUGGGGGAUUCCCUGGUGGUGGAGCUCCUCCCUCUGGUGGUGCUUCCUCAGGGCCCACUAUCGAAGAGGUUGAUUAAGGCAGCCCAACUGUAGAUGUAGCAUUGUUCUACACAGUUAACAUUGAAGGACCCAAAUUAGUAGCAAAUUCUGUGGCAGUUUUUAAAGUUGAGCUGCUAUAGUAAAUUACUGGGCAUUCUUAAUACUUGAAUAUGGAACAUGUGCACAAGGGAAGGAAAUAACAUUGCACUUUAUAAGCACUGUAUUGUAAGUGGAAAAUGCAAUGUCUUAAAUAAAACUAUUUACAAAUUGGCA